ACGAUGAAUAGCGCACCUCCUUCUUCAUGAUCGCCUUGGUCGGUCUAACUGGAUAGACCGUUUGUCACACACAGAUAGGUACCGAUCUGUCGUAAGCCCGUGAGUAUGAAUAAACACGAAACUCAAAAAGAAAACGUACAACAACAGUGAAUUGCAAAUCGCCGUAGUAUCUCUUGCAUUUUAUCAAACUUUUAUUUUUUUCGCCAUCAUAUAAGUAUUAUAUAAGCCGUAAUAAGUUUAAUACUGCGCUAGUAGAUAGCCUGUAUUUAGAUUCGCUAAGAUUGGUAAGCUAAACGCACUUUGUACUGUUGGAAAAUCAACUGAAUUAUACUCCUGAUCAUUUAGGUUAGCUACAACUGCUGCACAUAUCAGAGCCUACAAUCAUUUACAUCAAAUACGCUACUGAUUGGUGAGAAAACUGCAAACUAAUAACUAAUCAUUGUAUCUAAAUAAUUAAACACCAUAAAAUGUAAUGUAGGUUGCACGACAUCGAGCCGAGGUAAAGUUUGAUAUCAGAUCAUAUUGGCAUUUUUGCAACAUACUAUCGGAACUCGUAUAGACCCGCGACAACCCCGAAAACAUCCACCGUCCGAGAGACAGAAUGCUACCUAAGAGGAACUAAACGUGAGUUAAUAAUCACUAAGCCACAUAACAAACAUACGUUGUUUAGGGGUUCGCCUAAUGAAUUUCACGGGUCACAUCUGAUAAACUUUAUAACUUAUUAUAACUAACUUUCUAUUCUAUAAGUUGAUGUUUAUAUCCAUUCUUAUUACUAUGUUGCCCGCAGGAAAAUUAUAUUCUCCCAAAAACGAGCUGAUCGUGUUUUUAAUUCAGUGCCUGUUGGAGAAUAACUUUUCGGAGAUUGAUUCCCGUUGAAACGACUUUCAACAGCAUAUAAUUUUCGUUUAUCGGACGAGUUGCGCGUGAUGCCGAGUCGCGGAUGUAUAAAAUCGGGUGCGAAGGGGGAUAAAGGUGCGCGAAAAAUGUCAGAUGAAGGUGGUGCGGUUGGUGGUCAAAGUGCUGGUGGUGGUGAGAUUCCGAAUGUGGUUGUUGUGGAUGAAACUAUGGAAGGAUCUUCGUGCAAGACGUGCAAAAGAGCGGACACCAAGAUGAUGGUUCAGUGUGACAAAUGCGAUCAGUGGUUCCAUUUCUCCUGUGUGGGUGUUUCUGAAGAUAUUGCCGACAAGAGCUGGAGCUGUACAAACUGCGUUACCGCGACAUGGAUCCAGCGAACUGAGGCAGCUUUAGACAACGGCACCAAGCGGGACGAUGACAACCUGGAGCGCAGGUCAACCAGGAGCCAGCCAAUCGGGAACAUCGUUACUAGCACGCGUUCCAAUCUAGUGAUACCUCCAGGAAAUGAAGUUCAUAAGGCUGCCUCCGUGGAUCGAAAUCCCAUCACCAGUGGUCGAAAAUCUUCAACAAAAGUGGCGACCGAUCAAAUGAAGGCCGAUCAGCAGAAGCAUCAGUGGGAGCUCUCUAACAGAGAUAGUCGGAAAGCAGAUGUUCUGGUCGAGGACGCCGCUAAAGCCUUAUCGGAGGUUUCCUUUUCUUCGUCGCAGAAGUCAGCGGUUAGUCGUGCAAGGCUUCAGCUGAUGCGGCUACAGGAGGAAAGAGAAUUUCAACAGCAGCAAGAAGAGCGCCGAAGAAUCGCCGAAGAAAAAGCUACACAAGAACAUCGAAAGUACCUGGAGGAGAAGUACCGGUUGCUCGAAGAGGCGUUGAGCGAGAAAGGAUCGAGGAGAAGUGAAAAUGGAUCAAAGAGCCGCAGUGAAGCCUCAAGUCGAGUGGUUGAUUGGGUACAGAAAACCAGCCAAAUUCAGCAGAUCCUACCAGACGUGAGUGGUUUUAGUAGGGAUAAACCUCAACUCCCCGUUGACAACUUGGAGCCAACGCAAACCACUGGGCGGUUCGUACAGCCACGAAUUCGUUUCGAACCAGACGCCCAUACUAGAUUCACUAGUAAUGCAGAAACUGGUCAACAAUUCGACCUGCGUUCAGUGGUUCAUCCAAAUUACACAGCAGCAGCAGCAACGACGGCAGCUGCGAGACGUCCAUCGCAGUCCAAUCAUUUCCAUCAGGGAGGAAUGCCAUCAAACCCUAUCGGUGACCCGUUUACCUGGCCAUCCAGACCCCCAUUCAAUUCCACUACAUUUGAUGGACAGGUCCUGGCUCCACCGGCUUCCUCUACCGGUGUUCACCAUCAGAACUCUCAGAGUGGCAUCCGCGCCUCCCAAAGACUGUCUCAGGAGGAAUCUCAGGAUGAGUUUCAGCUUUCUCGAUCUCAAGUGGCAGCCAGACAAGCAGUACCGAGGGAUUUGCCAACGUUUUCCGGUAAUCCAGAAGAAUGGCCGAUAUUUCUGUCGAUGUACAACCGUACGACCACGAUGUGCGGGUUCACCGAGGAGGAGAACCUGGUUCGACUGCAAAAUAGCCUGAAAGGCAAGGCCUACGAAGCGGUAAAGAGUCGGCUGAUGUUCCCUGGAAACGUUUCAGGCAUUCUGUCGACCCUUAAGAUGCUAUUCGGGCAACCCGAAGUCAUUAUUCAGUCGCUAAUUGAGAAAGUGAGCUCUCUACCGGCCAUCAGGGAAGACAAACUGGAUACACUGGUUGAUUUUGCCGUACACGUGCAGAACUUCUGUGCCACCGUAGACGCGUGUGGACUGCAGGAGUAUAUGUACAAUAUCACGAUGCUACACCAGUUAGUCAGCAAGCUGCCAUCGUCGCUCAAACUCAACUGGGCGCAGCAUCGUCUAAUGGAACCCACGGCCAACCUGGCGACCUUCAGUAGGUGGAUUUAUAGCUUGGCAGAAGCGGCAAGCAUCGUCACCUUCUCGCCGCCGGUGCAGCAUGAAAAACCUUCCCGAAAUGAGGUUCACGGUUCAAAAAAGGGAAAUGCGUAUCUCAACACCCACUCUGAAGCUUCCGAGGAGAACAAGAAUGCUUCGUCUAAGGAACACGCGAAACCAGCGCCGGCGGAACAGGUUUGCCCAAUCUGUAAGGGCACUUGCAAAUCCGCCGACAAGUGUAAGCGCUUCGUCGAGUUAUCCAGAGAAUCACGCUGGGCAGCUAUCAGGGAGUUUGGUCUGUGUAGAACCUGUCUGCGCAUUCACAAGGGAAACUGCAACGCCAAACCGUGCGGUAAAAAUGGGUGUACCUAUCGGCAUCACGAGCUGCUGCACAACGAUUCGAAGGAAAGGCCUCAGAAUACCGCCGCCCCAGUUGCAGCUGGAAACGAAAGCAAGCCAUCUGCUCCACCUUGUCCAAAUCCAUCUGGAUGCAACACUCACCAAACAGACGCCAGCUCUGCGCUGUUUCGCUACCUCCCUGUCGUAUUGUACGGUAAAACGACCGUAGUUCAUACGUACGCCUUCUUGGACGAGGGCUCCGAGCUAACCCUGCUUGAUCAAGAGCUGGCUAAUCUGCUAGAGCUGGAUGGUGCCGAACGACCGCUAUGCCUGCGUUGGACGGGAGGAACGGAACGCUGUGAACCGGAUUCCCGAGCAUACAAUCUUCAAAUCGCUGGAGCUAAGGAAAGAAGCAAGCGGUUUGAUAUCAACGACGUACGAACGGUGAAGGAACUUAAGCUACCAUCGCAAACAUUGGAUAUGACCAAAUUUUCCCAGGAGUAUUCGCAUCUCCGAGAUCUGCCGAUCGACUCCUACCGAGAUGUACGACCACGCAUACUGAUCGGAACCAAGCACGCCCACCUUGGCCUCGUCUUGAAAAGUCGAGAGGGAGAAUUCGGGCAGCCGAUAGCAGUUAAGUCGCGACUGGGUUGGACCAUCUGUGGAGGACAAGGCAGUGAUCGUGGAACAAGUCUUCACCACUACAGCUUUCACAUCUGUCCGUGUAACACCGAAGCAGAUAAGGAUCUACACCAAGCGAUAAAGGACUACUUUUCCCUCGACAGCCUAGGAGUCAUCAAACCAGACAAAUUGCUGUUAUCUGCCGAAGAUGAACGGGCUCUCAUGCUGCUACAGUCGCUAACGCACCGCAGGGAAGGACGAUACGAAUCCGGCUUACUCUGGCGAUACGACGAGACCCGUCUACCGGAUAGUCGAUCCAUGGCGCUGCAACGGUUCCAAUGCCUAAAGAAGCGGAUGCAUAAAGAGCCAGAGCUGCAAACAACCUUGCAGGGAAAAAUUGACGAGUACUUAGCCAAAGGCUACAUCAGGCUGCUCAACGAUGAGGAAGUAAACCAAAAAGUACUGCGCCGAUGGUAUUUACCGGUUUUCCCCGUGACCAAUCCGAAUAAACCCGGAAAGGUGCGGAUAGUGUGGGAUGCCGCGGCAUGCGCCUACGGCACAUCGCUCAACUCGGCUCUUCUCAAAGGACCAGACCUACUUUGCUCCCUCCUCACUAUUCUGCUCCAGUUCCGAGAACGUCGCAUCGCGCUCACCGGUGAUAUACGUGAAAUGUUUCACCAGGUGUUGAUCCGUACCGAAGACCAAUUCAGCCAGUGUUUCUACUGGAUGAAUGAACGUGGAGAAACUGAGGUGUAUGUCAUGCAGGUUAUGACCUUUGGAGCGUGCUGCUCCCCAACCACUGCACAGUUCGUGAAGAACGCAAAUGCCGACCGUUUUGCAUGCGACUAUCCAGCAGCACAUCAAGCCAUCACGAAGUCCCACUACGUCGACGAUAUGCUAGUCAGCGUGGACACCGAAGAGCAGGCCAUCCAGCUGGCUAAGGAUGUUAGGCACGUCCACCAACAAGGCGGGUUCGAGAUUCGGAACUGGAUCAGUAACUCAAGUAGGGUGCUGGCAGCGCUGCAAGAAGUAGAUACCGACGAGAAAUGCCUCGACCUGUCUUCCGAAUUGGCCACAGAGAAAGUUUUAGGCAUGUGGUGGAACACAACCGACGACGUCUUCACCUACAAAGUGGGAUGGAACCGAUACGAUCCGGCUUUGUUAAGAGGUGAACGCAGGCCAACGAAACGGGAAGUUCUUCGCGUCUUGAUGACCAUCUUCGACCCGCUUGGUCUAAUUUCCCACUUCUUGUCGUAUCUAAAGAUUCUGCUACAGCAAAUCUGGCGAUCCGGCGUACAAUGGGAUGACGAAAUCGACAACGACGCCUACGACAAAUGGCUUACUUGGUUGAAAGUGCUCCCACGCGUCGAACAUGUGAAGAUUCCCCGGUGCUACAACUCCGAGUUCCUUACAAACGAAUCCGACGAAGUUCAGCUGCACACGAUGGUGGAUGCUAGCGAGAACGGCACGGCCGCCGUUUGCUAUCUCCGUUUUGUCAACAAGGGAUCCGCUUCCUGCUCCAUAGUCGCAGCCAAAUGUCGAGUUGCUCCGCUCAAGUUCACGUCGAUACCACGGUUGGAACUCGAAGCGGCUGUAGUUGGCGCCCGACUAUCGCAUACCGUCCAAAAGGCGCUAAGCUUCAAGAUCCAUCGGAAGCUGUACUGGUCGGAUUCCAGAGACGUCCUCUGCUGGAUCAACUCGGACCACCGACGUUACAGUCCGUACGUGGGUCACAGGAUUAGCGAAAUACUAGAAACAUCCGAAAUGAACGAAUGGCGAUGGGUGCCGAGCAAACAAAAUCCUGCCGACGAUGCCACCAAGUGGAAUACCCUACCAGAAUUGAUGCCCAAAGACAGGUGGUUUACAGGUGCAGAUUUUCUCUGGUACCCUCUGGUUGGCCGAAGCCGCCCAACCGCAAGGAUUCGACCGACAAUGAACUACGCCCGUCGCUUCUAG